AUGGCUGCCGUAGACACCAAUAUCAUUAAUGCUAGAGCACAGCCUCAUAAAAACCUUCCUUCCUUUUCAACGAAAGUACAGGCACCAGUAUUGUCUAGUACAAAUCGUCCAGUUGCUUCUUCACGUCACAAUCCAGCAAAUGUUGCCCCAAUACCUGCUCUCAAUCUACAUUGCCUACCUCCCGAUCCACAGCUCCCGAAUGUCGACUCACAACACUAUACUCGUUACCCACAACAACUAGUCAAGGCUCAAAAGACAACACAAAUAACUCCAAAGAUGGGUCCACCCGCGGCUCUAACCGCAUUGAAAGACUAUUCAAAGCUAGGGUAUUGCGAGAAUUGCAGGCGAUACUACGAAGACUUUGACCAGCAUAUCUCUACGGAACAGCAUAGGCGAUAUGCCCAAGAUACAACUAAGUUUGAACAAUUGGAUGAACUUUUAGCGACCGUUCAGAGAAAACCCAAAGGUUUACCAAAUCUUUUAGAAAAAGAUAUAACUACCGACGACAGGGCAGAGAAGGAUCAGCGCUCUUCGUCAGCAAAUGUUUUGAACACAUCAGUAGCUACGAAGACCUCCGAGACAGACAAUUCGUUUGACACAAAAACUGAUAUAUAUACUGAAAAUGAUACUCAGUCAAUGGCCACGGAGGAGAAUGUAAACCAACUGCUCGUAGGGUCCCUUGGUAAGAGUUUCCUUAAAGCCUCAGCUGUAACAACGAAUGAUGACUCGAACCAGGAACGACAGCGGCAGCCGUCCAAACUUCAACAGGAAAAGGUUGUGGCUGAGGAGGCAAAAGAGGCCCAGGUUAAAGAUAACAAAAAAGAUCUUGGUGAGCAAGGGGAUGAAGUAGCCGAUUUUGAGAUCGAGCAAUCAGCAGUACCUAAGGAAGAAGAAGGCGUUGAUGAAGGGAUGCAUGAAGUUGGGGAUGGAGACAAUGUUGAAAAAGAGCUGUCUUCGGAGCUGGAACGCUUGGAUGUUUCUGAAAAUGGCGAAGAGGAGCAGGAUGUGGGACACGAUGAAGGCUAUGAAGAUUCGAUAAAAGUUGCGAUGGAGGAACAAUCAACAGAACCUAUUGCUUUUCCAUCUACAGAAAUAUCUCCGCUAUCAAUUUCACGGCAUACGGUAUCGACAGAUAAUCGACUCAUCGAUAAACCCCUGUUGUCCACGCCGACGCUCAAAAGAACAUCCGUAUCACAAAUUAAGGCUGCCAGUCAAAUAGAAACGGACGCUACUCAACCCGAUGAAAGAUUUUUGGAAGAGUCUAACCUGGGAACGGUAUCUACAGAUCCUGUAACGCCGAUCCGCUUGGCAUUAAGCAUGACUAGCGCAGACACAGAUGGGCUUGAAGCAGCGCCUCCAACCUUGAAGAAUAUUUUUGCAAUGUCAGAGGAAGGGUCAGGCGAAGAAAUGGAUGAUGCUGUAGCUCUACUGAAAUCCCCUAGCGCUGGCCGCAAUGCUUUUGCUAGGACACAGGGUUUGGAUUUAGGACGAGGCAAAGAAAAGACUUUUACAAGUAACAUCCCUGAAGGUAGCUUUAAACGGAAAUUGGAGCUUGCACUGGCGGAAGAUGCUGAAGACAUGGAUAUGCAUUACGACUUCUACUCAAGGAGUCAUCUGUCUGCUAUUCCAAGAACGGAGCAAUCCAUCACCUAUGAUGACAAGCUACAAUGUAAUCUUAUGUCCCAACCAAGUCAUCGAUAUCGCCAUCAGCAAAAGUAUCAGCAGCAGUCACAUACGCCUCCAUACAUUCCAGCAUGGACAUCCCCUCCAGCACUACCACGACAUCAACAAGGUCAUAAUCUAGCACUAACAUCUGCUUCGCUUCCUUCACCGAUACAGUUUGGGGCUUUGCAGCCAACUCCACCGUCAUCUCGGUAUCUUACGCAACAGGGGCAGAUAGAUACGCCCAAUGGUGGAGCCCUGCAAAGACAACAAACGCGAUAUCCAGGCACGAGUGCAGAUCUUAGCAGCUUCAGUAUCCAUAAUAAUCCAUUACAGCUACAGCAAUAUCACUGCACGCCCGUGUCAAUUCCCACGCCUGCUCCUCUAUUGCAACAGAUGUCGAUGCAACAGCAGCAAGGACAGUAUUUUGAGGGGAAUGUUGACGAAUAUAUUACAGAUGCGGACUAUGACCAGUCCUUGUAUAAAGGAAGGUUAACCAGCUCUACUUCGCCAACCUCUCCAUUAUCACACAGACAAUUUGAUUUUUCGGGGCCAUCGAUGCCAUCAAGAACACUGAACCUGAUGGACUCAUUUAACUGUAGUCAAGGCACGGCUCAGAUGUCACCCAGGCGAUCCCCUAGCCAUCAUGCAUCACAUCGAAGCCAGACCUAUUUCCCUGUGAUGUCGCACGCAGAACAGGAACGAGAGCGAUGUUACCAUUAUUCUCGUGGCAACCGGCUUCCGGAGCCUGCUGGCCAGAAAAAGAUGAGGAACAGCUCCAGCCUUGAGGAAGCAUUUGAAGAAUAUGGAGAAGGCUGUAUGGUCUUCAUCGAGUAA